AUGGUUGAGAGCUUCGGUUUAGAGAAUAAUGAAUGGAUUGGAAAAACCUACGAAAAGAGGGAGCAUUGGGCGAAUGCUUAUCUUUGUGAUAAAUUUUGUGCUGGAGUGAGAACAACAUCAAGAUGUGAGGGAAUCAAUUCAACACUUAAAAAGUUUAUUAGAUCUGGAAAUUGUCUUCUUGAGCUCGUGGAGAACCUGGAUCGUGUGGUGAAGGAUUAUCGGAAUAACGAGUUCAUGACUAACUUCAAAUGUUUGUAUUCGGAACUGGUGAUGACAACUGGGUUGGAAAGUAUUGAGAAGGCUGUAAGCAAAGUGUACACGCGAGAGAUAUUCUUUGAGGUUAAGAAACAAAUAGAGUCAGUUGCUGCGUUGAUUGUGCUUCAUAGUGAGAGUUAUGGUACCAUUCAAAAAUUCAUGCUAAGAAAGUUUCGAAGGCCCCGUCGAGUUUAUACUGUGUUGUACGAUAGUAGUUCUGAAAAUUAUGAGUGUUCGUGCAAAUUGUGGAACAGUCUAGGGUCCCUUGUAGUCAUAUAUUUUGUGCAAUGA